AUGUCGCAACAACCUUUUUGGACGGACGAGAUAUGGAAUCAACAAAAGGAAUCAGGACAACAGCAACCAACGCAGCAGGAAUACAUUGAUUACGAUGGCUCAAAUAAGUAUUUGUAUCAAAGCGUAUUGCAAGCAGGACAACCACCUCAACAAUAUCUUCCGCCGCAAUUACCUGCUGAUGCGCUUACUUUUGGUGGUCUGCCAACGCAACCGCUGUCGUAUAUUAUAAUGGAUACCAAUCUGGCUGCGCAUGAACGGCUAGGUACAGGUUCUAUUCAGCAACAUGACAACACUCGCUCUACUCGGCAAACCCUGCCUACGCACCGGCAAAAACGUCAACAACGGCAGUUGUCGCAGUACCCGUAUUCGAGACAGCCGAUGCAAUCU